GGGAUUUAUGAAUUGAAAUGAGGAGAAUGGUCCAGAAACUGCCGUCAUGAUUUCAUUUAACCUGUUAAUUUUAAUUCGUUAAAUAUGCUGAUAGGGUAGUGCGCUGACGAAAUGGCAUCCCCGACUCCUGCUUCGGGCGUACUGGUUGUGGCGGAGACGGUGACCGCUGCUUCACCGACUCCAAGCAGUAAAACGCCGGCAGGGGCUCCGUCUUCUCAGGCCAACAGAGGGAAGAAACGACCCGCCAGCCCGGCCAACAGUUCUUGCCCAACCUCGAUCGGUGGGAACAACAGUAAAAAGAAGAAAAUUAAUUUCCCCACAGGCGCGACCCAGCCACAGGGACAGAUGGCAGGGGUGGAUUCAGCCAUCGAGAUGAAGGCCGCUGGAUUGGCCGACCCGGGCCCCGCGGAACCCUCUGCCAAACCCCUACCCUUCAAGGACCCCAGCUUUGUGCACUCAGGAAUCGGUGGGGCGGCGGCGGGGAAGAAGAACCGGACCUGGAAGAACCUAAAGCAGAUCCUGGCCGCGGAGCGGGCCCUGCCCUGGAAGCUCAACGACCCCAACUAUUACAGCAUUGAUGCCCCUCCGUCCCUCAAGCCUGCAAAGAAGUACUCCGACAUCUCUGGGCUCCCAGCAAACUACACGGACCCCCAGACCAAGCUGAGGUUCACCUCCAGCGAGGAGUUCUCCUACAUCCGUCUGCUGCCCACUGACGUGGUGACGGGCUACCUGGCACUGCGGAAGGCCACCUGCAUUGUGCCCUGAGCGUGCCAGGAGAGCAAUGUGGCGCCACCUAUGGGCAUCAGGAGAAUAUUCAAGAACAAUGACAGGAACUGACCCUCUCCAUAUCUGGCCACAUGCUGACCCUGCUUACCCACAAUUCACUGCUCUUCACUCCCCAAGUGACAUGGACUUGCAGCAGCAAUAGACGUUCCGCCAAAGCACACGCUAGUUUGAGAAUGUCGUUAUCUGGAGCUAUGCUAAGGGACUCCCUCAUGAUGUUCAGUGCAGAUGGUCAUACAUACAUUUCUGAUACAGAUGUUCUCUGGUUGUUCUUUAUUCUGCUUGGCUGGCCUGCUGUCACAAUAGGAGUUUUUAUGUUCAUGGUAAUAGGAGUUGAUGAGGAAAUAAUCAGCCACCACAUGGCAGCAGGGUUACAAAGUUUGCCUGUAACAAUGCAUUUAUGAUAACUCCAGUUGCCAAAAUUUGUGUCUUUUUUUUUAAACCCAGUGAAAAUUGCUCUUUGGUGUGAAAGUCAAUGUCAUUAUUGGCUUCUGUUUGCUGAUUGCACAUUAGGAAAGGGAAUGUCAACAAUUCCUAUUCUGAUUACAUUGUGUAUUACGUUAAGUAUAUUGUGUACUUACUUAGUAGCCUGCCAUAUCCAAGGAAACACAGCAUAUCAAGUUGUGUAGCUGGACAUUUUACAGAAGCAGUUCAGGUUUAGUUUUGGAAACAACUGCAGUGCACCACCUGGGAUUUCAGCCAGCAACCGUCUGGUUAUAAGCCCUAUUCACAGCUCAACAUUGCUGCACUGGUAGGUUUUAGAAAGUCACACACGCAGAUGACUGCGCGUUGGCAGGCUGUCCAGGCGGAAGUGACGGUAGUCAGCAACCUGUCGUGGGCUAUCAUUUCAUCCAUCAUGCUAGCCUGGGGUGAGAUAUCAUGAAUAUCCUUCCUCCAGUCUCUAAUUACAGUCCAAUCAAGGAGACCAUCUGGAUCUAACUUGUUCCCUCAACUCACUAACAUGAAUUAUCCUAAGUAUCAGAUCUUAACCUCCCAGCUCCCCCCUUUUUUUUUUUUUUACUUGGUCAUGGCCCUACUUUGUGAGGACCUGCAUCAGAUAGCAGCUGUCAGUACCAACACAGCAAGAACGGGGGGUUAAUCUCUCCCAGCUUUAAGCUGUGGGGUUCCAGGAGGUGCUGCAAAGUGCCGCACAUUGAACCCCUCUGCAUUAAUCAUGGGACCCCGCACGUCUGGCCAUCUCCUCGUUGAUGGCACUCAGUAAUAAGGCACUGCCUGGGAUUGGGUGGGAGUGGAAGCCAGCGAUUUAAUUAGCACUCAGGACCUUGCGGACCUGAGCUCUCUCAACUGCGAGUGCUUUGUGAGUGUCUGAGGAGGAAGGGCCGUGCUUUUGGUCAA